CGACAGCGCAACGUAAGAAGUAUCCCUUGCCCUCUGAUGGAUUCAAAGGUAUCGAUUACUUUGGUGGCUUCUGACCGAUCGGUUUGUCAACAGGAUGGUGGAACAGGGAUCCCAAGUGCAUCGCCAUGCUGAUGCAGACGGUCACUUCCGGCGCAAGGACUCUGCUUUCCGCUCGUUCAUUUCGGGGGAUCCUAAUGCAGAAUUCCCUGCUGAAAAGGAUCGCUAUGUCCUAUACUUGAAUUACGGAUGUCCGUGGGCGCACCGGACCAACUUGGUUCGGUCACUUAAGGGCCUGGAAGACAUCAUCCAGCUGGUCGUUCUGGACCCCGAACUGGGGCCCGAGGGUUGGUUUUUCUCUGGUCGAUAUGGAUCCGCAGAGAAGGAUCCUCUGUACGGGUUCACAAAGUUGAGCCAAUUCUAUUUCAAGGCGGAUCCGAAUUAUGAGGGCCGGUACACUGUCCCGAUGCUCUGGGAUAAGAAAAAGGCAACAAUCGUGAACAACGAGAGCAGUGAAGUCAUCCGGAUGUUCUACACCGGGUUCGACCAUCUUCUCCCGGAGGAGCUGCGUGAGGCCAACCGGCCUGGCGGGGGAUUUUACCCUGCUCACCUGAGGUCAGAGAUUGACGCAAUGAACGAGUGGGUGUAUCACAAGAUUAACAAUGGGGUAUACAAAACCGGAUUUGCCACAACGCAAAAGGCCUAUGAUGAAAAUGUGUACCCACUGUUUGAGGCCCUGGACCGUGUCGAGCAGCACCUGGCCGAGCCGGGGCAUCAGCCAUACCUGUUUGGAGAGAACAUCACCGAGGCGGACAUCCGACUCUACACAACGAUUUGCCGGUUCGAUGUGGCCUACUACCUGAUCUUCCGCUGUAACCUGAAGAUGAUCCGGCAUGAUUAUCCGCUGAUCGACCGUUGGUAUCGACGACUGUAUUAUGACGAGACGCAACGCACCCGAGUUGGAGCGUUCAAGAAGACCACCUUUUUUGACAUUUACAAGUUCAACUACCAGAAGGCGCUAGGGAAACGAUCGGGCAGCACCCAGACGAUCCUCCCGGCCGGUCCAUCUCCGGACAUCCUGCCCUUAGAAGUGUAGUGAAUAGCAAUGAUCACCAGUGGCGUGUGGGUAGAUGCGCACUGAGACCAGACAUCUCUUUCUGUAUCGAUCACUUGGGGUUGGGAUGUGGUCUCCACGUCAUCGUCGGCGAAAAGUGGCAGGCAACCGUUUUGUACACAGCGCAUGUCUUGUUCUCUUUUCCCUGUUCUUGUCUUCCAUUAUCAUUUUUUGUUUUUUUGUUUUUCAGUGCUCAAUCUCACAAAGUCAUGCAGUAAAGGACCCCCAAGGCUUUGGCAACAAUAAUCAAAUCAAACCCGACCGUUAGACUAAGAAUGUUACUCACCAGGGAUGACCAGGAAGAGGGCCGCGGUCCUGCUUGCCGACAGGCUUGUUAGACUUCGAGAGACCGUAAUUAGGCUUUACUAGUCAGAACGAUGGCAGUCGCAGUGGCUCAGG